GAAUUUUGUAUUCUAAUUUACAGCGUAACUAAAAUUUGUAUUUAAAAAAAAACAAAUUUAUUUUCUUCCGUCGCAGUAAUGAAUUAACUUCUUUACCACGACCUCAAUGAUAGCAAAAGUUCAAAACCCGCCAGGGUCGGUUUAACGUCCACUUAAAAUUUUGCAUUUGACACGUGUCAAUGAAUGUGUGGACGAAAAAAGUGAAAAAGGGCCAAUAAACUAACAGCCAAAAUAUCUCCCGCACUUAGCACGUGCACCAGCCUCCUCCGCCUUCCGCCUUCCGCCUCCGUGGCAAUAGAGACUUCCGGUGAGAGAAAAAAAAAAUGGAUGUCUCAGCUGCCACGGGGUCAAACGUUUCCGAGAUCGAAGCCCCUUUUCUGGUCCAAGACUUCGUUGAAGGAAACGUUGACUAUAAAGGCCGACCCGUUAAACGGUCCGAAUCCGGGGGUUGGAGAUCCGCAUCUUUCAUCAUAGGAGUGGAGAUAUCGGAGAGAUUUGCUUAUUACGGAAUAAGUUCGAAUUUGAUAAAUUACUUGACGGGCCCAAUUGGCCAAUCCACCGCCUCAGCUGCGGCCAACGUCAAUGCUUGGUACGGUGCUGGGUCGCUUUUUCCUCUGUUGGGUGCUUUUCUGGCUGAUUCUUUCCUCGGCCGUUACCGCACCAUUAUCGUAGCUUCCUUGAUUUAUAUUCUGGGACUUGGCAUCUUAACCCUUUCAGCUGUCCUCCUCUCUUUCAAUUCUUCCGACUGUCAGGAUGCAGGAAAUAUCAUUGCUUGUUCUCCUCCUGAGAUUCAAAUUAUAUUCUUCUUCUUUGCGUUAUAUCUGGUUGCUUUGGCCCAAGGAGGGCAUAAACCCUGCGUUCAAGCUUUUGGUGCUGAUCAAUUUGAUGUGCAAGAUCCAGCAGAAUGCAAAGCAAAGAGUUCGUUCUUCAACUGGUGGUACUUUGGCAUGUGUAGUGGUACCAUGAUAGCGUUGUCAGUUUUGAACUAUAUUCAGGAUAACCUUAGUUGGGGCCUUGGAUUUGGAAUACCCUGCAUCAUCAUGGCUGUUGGGCUAACUGUAUUCUUGCUUGGAACUACUACCUAUCGAUUCCGUGUCAACUCUGAUGAGACAAGCCCUUUUAUUAGAAUCGGUCGGGUAUUUUUAAGAGCAGGAAGAAAUUGGCGGACCUCUUCUUCAGCAAUUUCCAUUGAAGAGGAGUCUCAGGGCUUUUUGCCUUAUCAAGGUUCUCAACAGUUCAAGUUUCUGAACAAAGCAUUGCUAACUCCUAAUGGUUCAAAAGAAGAUGGGAAAGUUUGUAGCAUUAAUGAAGUUGAAGAGGCAAAGGUUGUUUUCCGUCUAUUCCCAAUAUGGGCCACAUGUCUGGUGUAUGCUAUUGUAUUUUCUCAGCCACCUACGUUUUUCACUAAGCAAGGAGUGACAAUGGACAGGUCUAUCAGUCCAAGCUUUGAAGUACCAGCUGCUUCUCUGCAGUCGUUUAUUAGCUUGUCCAUUGUUGUAUUUAUACCCAUCUAUGACCGUGUUGUGGUUCCUAUUGCAAGAUCUAUAACUGGUAAUUCUUCAGGGUUAACUACUUUGCAACGGAUUGGAACUGGAAUAGUCCUAUCAUGUCUAACUAUGGUUAUAUCUGCUCUUGUUGAGAUGAAGCGUCUUGAAACAGCUAAAGCUUAUGGAUUGGUUGAUAAGCCAAAGGCUACAAUUCCGAUGAGCAUAGUGUGGCUCAUUCCCCAGUAUGUAUUGUUUGGAGUUUCUGAAUCAUUCACUAUGGUCGGUUUGCAGGAGUUCUUCUAUGAUCAAAUGCCUAGUGAGUUAAAAAGUAUAGGCCUUUCAGUGUACCUUAGUAUUUUCGGGAUAGGAAGCUUUCUAAGUAGCUUUCUCAUUUCUGCAAUUGAGAAAGCCACAGGUGGAGAUGGGCGCGACAGCUGGUUUUCCAACAAUCUGAACAAGGGACACCUUGAUUAUUUUUAUUGGCUUCUUACUGCACUCAGUACAGCAUCACUAAUUGCCUUUUUGUACUUCGCCAAGUCUUAUAUCUACAAUCGAAGAAAUAUUGUAUGACUUGAACAUCCUCCGAGCUUAUGCGGGCUCUCACAGUGACAUCAGUAGGGUAGACUCGGGUAGAGAAUGUAUAUAUUGUACUACAUAGAUUUUGUGUUCUAUUCCACACCAUUCCGAGCCCUUUGUCUCAUCGUUGGCUAUCAGUCAGCGGCUAUUUGGUGUGCUUAAAGGACGUAAAUCAGGAAGUUUUUGCUCUGAGCAGGUGAACGAAGUUAAAUGGUCAUUACCCAUUAGGCUCUGUAAGGAAAUGUUAUGCAGGAUAGAUAUGUUCUGAAUGAUUGAUUAGGGGAGUCUGUUGUAAGAUAGGUUUGAAGUUUUUCAUAGAAUAGACAGUAGAAUUUUAUUGAAUAUAUUAUACAGAAAAUUAGGGUAUAGAAUUUCUUCUAUAAAUUGUGGAUUGCUCAAGAAUCAGCUGUACUAAUUAAUAGUAUGAUUGUAUAAAGCUCUUUAAUCUUGAAUCUGUUUAUAUUUUCCAUUUUUCGGUCAGGAAAAAACCAA